UUUCAUCAAACUUGAAAUGGGGAUUGAUAAACCAUGACCCCCCCCCCCCUCCCCCCCGCGUCGCUCCUAUGGCGACAAGGGGGAACGCUCCCACCGCGCCGCCGGGUCCCUCUGCCCUCCCCCCAGCCUUGCCGCCACCUGAGGGGGCCGUCGGAGAAUCCCGUGCGCGCUCCGAGGAAGGUGGCGGCCGGGCGUUCUCUCGCCUUCGCGGCCAUCCCAUUGUCGAGGAGGGGCGAUUGGAUCUGGAGGCCGACCUCGGAGUUGGGCGGCUGCGGCUGGCGCGUCGACGGCGGCGAGGUCGUGGAUGGUCGUCGGUGCAAAGGUGGCGGUCGGCGCGGCGGUGUGGUGCGGCGCGUGGUGCGGCGCGUGGCGCGGUCGUGCAGGGACGAGGCAGGGUGAGGCACGGGGUGUGGAUGGCAGCGAUGCGGGCCCGAUCUGGGUCACGCAGGGCCUGCUGCUUGUGCGUCCGGCGCGGAGCUCGGCGGGUGCGCCGGCGGCCAGCUCCAGCGUAUGGAGGAGCGGCAGUUCGCUCUGGCAUGUAGAUGCGGUUGUCGUUCCCCUCGGGCUGGAUCGACGGGUUGUGCUGCUGCUCAACGGGGGGCGUGGGUGACGCUCCUUCGAGGCGGAUCUGGUGAGCGGGUGGUGGUCGGUCGCCGGGGCGGCGGCCUCGGAUCUCUUAUUCGAUAAUGGCGGUCGUGGUGGCUGUGUGGGCAGCGCCAUGGCUGGAGCUCGGGUGCAUCAUGACUAUGCUGCAUUGCGGUGGUCCUCGGUCUUCCCAGGGGACGCUUGGUGUUGGUCGGUGGGUUCGCUGUGGCUGUGGUGCGGGGUGCCGGAUGUGGCCAGACGUGGCUGGUUCUGGCUCGUGCGAUGGUGAUGGGCUUGCGUGGUCAGCGGCUCUGUGUGGUGCAGGCAACGAUGGCGGGGCUCUUCUGAUUGAUGACUCCGGGCUUUGGUGGUGGGUGGUGGUUCACGCAGGCGGUGGCUCUCAUAUGCCGGUUCGAGGGGAAGACUUCUUUUGGCUCCUCGGGGUGAAAGCCUUGUUGUGGCCUUGUCCGGAGCCGACGACGGCGACGCUUGUGGGCGCCGCUUACCUCUUUGGAGGCGUCUUCGUUCGAGGGCCUAAGACCUCUUCUCUCGCACUCCGGAGGAAACCCCUAUUCCUGGUUCCUGGAACGGACGAUGGCGGCGCUCUGGUGGCAUUCCUUCUUGGAGGCUUCGCUUUGGAGUGGUCUUGGCAUGUGACUGUCAUCGGCCUCGGUGGUGCACGACCUUGGGGCCGACGUGGAGCUCGGAACAACGGUUCCAAAUCUAGUCAUCAUGAAGGGGUGUAGCAUUUGUCACGUGGGUGACGGUGUUGUUGGCCAGCCUGGUACGCGGCCUUGGGGUCAGCGUGGAUGCUGGAGCGGCGGCUUCAGAUUUGGUUGUGUGGUGUCGGCUUUGGUGGUUCGAGUGAUGAAGCGAACGGCUAGCCUGAUGCACAACCUCGAGGUCGGCGUGUAUGGUCAUGGUUUGUGCGUCAGAGCGGCGGCUCCGGAGAUACUUGUAGGGUGUCGGCUCCGGUUGCUUGGGAAGCAGGGCAGACGGCUCGCCUGGUGCGCGGCUUCGGGGUCGGCAUGGAUGCCGGAGCGGCAACUUCGAUUUUGGUUGUAAGGUGUCGGUUACGGAUUGCUUGGGUGACGAAACCGGCGGCUCACUGGAUGCGCGGCUCCGAGGGUCGGUUUGUUGUUGGUGCCCUAUUGAGGACGUGUUGUAACGGUUUUCGUUCGGGUUUUAAUUAAUUAACCGGGCAACUCUUUUCUA